ACGGUUAUUUUGAAGUUUUUAUUUCAGGGGAGGGGUUGUCUGUUCAUACCUUUCAAACUUCAACUUUUCAUUUGUUUAUGCUAGCACAGAUGUGCGCACCUUCUCUCUCUCUCUCUCUCUCUCUCUCUCUCUCUCUCUCUCUCUCUGCGUGUGUGUGUGUGUGUGUGUGUGUAUGUGUAUGUAUGCGUGCGCGCAGUCACAGGCUUCUGCAGAUUCUAUUUCCCCUCCCAUUCCCAUGACUAGCUUCUAUGUGAAUCCUAGGGAUCCAAACUCAGUUUGUCCAGCUUGUGGGGCAAGUGCUUUUUACCAAGUCAUCUUUCAAGCCCCAGUCCUGACAUCCUUGAAUUGUUUAAUAACUAAAUUUGGUCAGCUAUUAAGGGAGUUUUAGGAUUAUGAUACAGUAGUGAACAAAGACAUAAUCUGUCACCAUCUGGCCUAUGUGCCUUAAAGUGCGUUGGGCACUAUAAAGAAAAAGUAAAUGCUAUUGAUUUUAAAGUGAUCAUCUUCUACUUAGAGGCAGAUCAAGCAGGCAGUACCCGUGAUUAUAGGGGAAGCCACCAUAGAGCCAGUGCCAUAGUACUUCAAAGAAGAGCUGUAGGAAUGACUAUGGAUAAAGAGAUCUGAGUUCAUAAAGUGAGAUUUGAGGGGUAAAUGUUGGUAAAGGCAUACCAACAUCCAAAAGAUGUUGGGAAAAGAGGGAUGAUCCUAGAAGUUAAAGUGAGCUGGGAAAUUAAAGUAGGGCAAACUGCAUCAUAAUCUUGGAACUUGGAGACACCAGCUUUUUAUACAUUGACCUUGCAGAGAGUAGUGGAAAAUGAGUUGCAAUGAAGAGUGUGGGCAGUAUGAAGCUUGUGGUACACACACAGAGACAGAGAGAGAACCUCUGUGCCAGCACAUCCUGGUCACGAAGGAAUUCAGAUAGGACUCAGUUCCCCUGUAAUACCUUUCCUCCCUUUCCUUGUUUCUGUCAGGCAUUCUGGUCACUGAUGCGGAGGUAGCUUCAUGUCCCGUGAAACAUUUACACUGCCAAGUCCAUCUCACUCACACUCUUCCUCUUUCUCAGCAUUUGACACUACUUACUGGUCCUGCUGGGAGGUACUUUUUUUCUUUGAAUUUUCUCGAUUUCUUAUCUGUGUUUUGAUUUCCAGAUCUGUAUACCUAAUUCUUAAGCAUUCUCCCAAUUUCUAGACAUAAACAUUAGUUCUGCCACUUACCACACAGCUUGUCUUGGACAUCUCUGUAAUCUAGUCCUAAAUGUACCUAAUCUCUCCUGCUGUCAAUUCCUCUACUGAAUGCCUCCUUUUAAUUCAUUGUCCAAGCAGACAUCUAGUCAAAUAUGACCCUUAAAGUGCUCUUCCCUCUCUGACUCUCAGUGUCCAGAAUCCUAUUCUUGUUAAGAUUUUAACCCUUCUCUUACUCUCCACCCACUUGAAUGGAAACCACUGCUCCUUUUUUUUUUUUUUUCCAUUUUUUAUUAGGUAUUUCGCUCAUUUACAUUUGCAAUGCUAUACCAAAAGUCCCCCAUACCCACCCACCCCCUCUCCCCUACCCACCCACUCCCCUUUUAUGGCCCUGGCGUUCCCCUGUACUGGGGCAUAUAAAGUUUGCGUGUCCAAUGGGCCUCUCUUUCCAGUGAUGGCCGACUAGGCCAUCUUUUGAUGCAUAUGCAGCUAGAGUCAAGAGCUCCGGGGUAUUGGUUAGUUCAUAAUGUUGUUCCACCUAUAGGGUUGCAGAUCCCUUUAGCUUCUUUGGUACUUUCUCUAGCUCCUUCAUUGGGGGCCAUGUGAUCCAUCCAAUAGCCGACUGUGAGCAUCCACUUCUAUGUUUGCUAGGCCCAGGCAUACUCUGACAAGAGACAGCUAUAUCAGGGUCCUUUCAGCAUAAUCUUGCUAGUGUAUGCAAUGGUGUCAGCAUUUGGAAGCUGAUUAUGGGAUGGAUCCCCGGAUAUGGUAGUGUCUACAUGGUCCAUCCUUUUAUCUCAGCUCCAAACUUUGUCUCUGUAACUCCUUCCAAGGGUGUUUUGUUCCCACUUCUAAGGAGGGGCAUAGUGUUCACACUUCAGUCUUCAUUUUUCUUGAGUUUCAUGUGUUUAAGAAAUUGUAUCUUAUAUCUUGGGUAUCUUAGGUUUUGGGCUAAUAUCCACUUAUCAGUGAGUACAUAUUGUGUGAGUUCCUUUGUGAAUGUGUUACCUCACUCAGGAUGAUGCCCUCCAGGUCCAUCCAUUUGGCUAGGAAUUUCAUAAAUUCAUUCUUUUUAAUAGCUGAGUAGUACUCCAUUGUGUAGAUGUACCACAUUUUCUGUAUCCAUUCCUCUGUUGAGGGGCAUCUGGGUUCCUUCCAGCUUCUGGCUAUUAUAAAUAAGGCUGCUAUGAACAUAGUGGAGCAUGUGUCCUUCUUACCAGUUGGGGCAUCUUCUGGAUAUAUGCCCAGGAGAGGUAUUGCUGGAUCCUCCGGUAGUACUAUAUCCAGUUUUCUGAGGAACCGCCAGACUGAUUUCCAGAGUGGUUGUACAAGCCUGCAAUCCCACCAACAAUGGAGGAGUGUUCCUCUUUCUCCACAUCCACGCCAGCAUCUGCUGUCACCUGAAUUUUUGAUCUUAGCCAUUCUGACUGGUGUGAGGUGGAAUCUCAUGGUUGUUUUGAUUUGCAUUUCCCUGAUGAUUAAGGAUGUUGAGCAUUUUUUCAGGUGCUUCUCUGCCAUUCGGUAUUCCUCAGGUGAGAAUUCUUUGUUCAGUUCUGAGCCCCAUUUUUUAAUGGGGUUAUUUGAUUUUCUGAAGUCCACCUUCUUGAGUUCUUUAUAUAUGUUGGAUAUUAGUCCCCUAUCUGAUUUAGGAUAGGUAAAGAUCCUUUCCCAAUCUGUUGGUGGUCUUUUUGUCUUAUUGACGGUGUCUUUUGCCUUGCAGAAACUUUGGAGUUUCAUUAGGUCCCAUUUGUCAAUUCUCGAUCUUACAGAGCAAGCCAUUGCUGUUCUGUUCAGGAAUUUUUCCCCUGUACCCAUAUCUUCAAGGCUUUUCCCCACUUUCUCCUCUAUAAGUUUCAGUGUCUCUGGUUUUAUGUGAAGUUCCUUGAUCUACUUAGAUUUGACCUUAGUACAAGGAGAUAAGUAUGGAUCGAUUCGCAUUCUUCUACAUGAUAACAACCAGUUGUGCCAGCACCAAUUGUUGAAAAUGCUGUCUUUCUUCCACUGGAUGGUUUUAGCUCCCUUGUCGAAGAUCAAGUGACCAUAGGUGUGUGGGUUCACCACUGCUCCUUUGAUCUGCUGUCUUUCCUCUGCCUGCUAUAGCAGCUUUGCACUUAGCAUUCCUAGCCCUAGUGUAUCACUGUGUAUGCAAACAGCAAAACAAAAACAGAACUGUUGUGCAAUGCAUUGGAAAGGACUAAAGUGUGGAGAAAGCAUGCCCUUCUUAUUAUUAACACCUUAGAGGGGAAACAGAAUGGAAGUAUAUUGUUUGUGCUUGUUUUGUUGGAAUAAAAGUUCUUAGUUACUGAAGCCAGAUGUCUUCAUCUGAGAAGAAAUUCUUGUCACCAUCACCACUGAGAUGGGUGGGGGUAAGAGGUGGAAAGAAUAGGUUUUGCUUUGUUUUGGCCAGUGCAAGACUGCCCUUGUGUGAUACUCUCUUGAUCAGGCCUCAAAGGAACACUGCUGGAAAAUUAAAAAGUAGCAGUAAAUAGUUGAGAUCACAAAUUCACAAAUGUCUGUUACCAUACCUGGCCACCUUAUUGGUCUUUCUUGGAACAAACAUACACACACACACACACACACACACACACACACACAUACACACACACAGAGAGGGAGGGAGACGGAGGGGAGACAGAGAGAGAGAGAGAGAGAGAGAGAGAGAGUGAUUGAUUGAUUGAUUGAUUGAUUGAUUUCUUAGUGAACAAGAGACAUAGCCAAGCAUUCUACCAGUAUCAUCUUGCUUCAGGAAACUUGUUCUACAGACUAAACUAUCAGGUUUUCCCAUUGAAAUUCUGUUAUUCUCUUUUUCUUCCCUCUUCUCUCUCUCCCUCCUUUUUUCUCUCCUUCCUGACUUUUUCCUCUCGUUAUCUCUUCCCUUUCUUUCAUUCUUCCCUUUUUUCCUUCAUUUUUUUUCUUCUUUUUAAAAAUUUUUAAGGCACGCUGAUCUUGAACUCCUGCUCCUCCAGUCUGCAGCUCCUCAAUGCUGGCAUUACAGACCUCUGCAACCAAGCCUGGCGGGAUUUCUUCCCUCUUUAUAUCAGAUAGCUAGUGGGGAGAUUUGACAUUUGUGGUCUUGUUCUAGAAGACUUAAUAUCUAAGAAAAGAAUGUUUAUCCAUGAAGAGACUUUUCUGUGAAGCCAUCCAUCUUUUGUUCUUAUUUCACUUGUUGCUAUUAUUAAACAAUUUGCUGCUUCAAGCUGAAUGUUGUAUGUGGUGGUUCCCCCUCCUUGCAAAGGCAGUAAAGAGUUCAAGCAAAGGUGUUUCCUGACGCUUGCUACUAACUUCCCUAUUUUACUGAUUGUCCCUCCUUGAACCUUGAGUCUGUGUCCAGUGAAAUGCCGAGAGGAAAGAGUAGGGCUCCUCUCAUUGCCUAAACGCUGACAUCUGACAUUUAAAAGGAACUCCUGGGUGGAGAUGUUGGCUUUGCAGCCCUUCUUUCCCUAUGCACAUCUCACAUCUCAUUGGAAGGAAACUUUGUUCUAAUCAGACAAGUGUUCCUUAAGUAGAUGCUAAUCAAAUUUUCAUCAAUGAAUGUGCGAUAUUCUGGUGAGUGUAAACGUUUUAGCAUAGUAAAACCUUUGCUUUCCAUCUCAUCGGAAGACUAAAGGUGAAAAAUAAGAAUCUGCAAUAAUAAUGGUUUUUAGAAAAUGUAUCAAUUCUCUUUACUUUGCUAUUCAUUCGUCCACAUAUAAUGAACUUUUAUGUAACAAGGUGUUCAACAACAAAUCUCAGUAUCCAAAUAAUAGGAUGUAGUAAUAGAGCAAGAAAGAACUUGGGGUGGGCCCAGCUUCAAACCACUUUUUUUGUACAUUCCAGAACUCCACAUCCAGAUCAUCAGAUUAAUACUUUCCAGUUUGCUCAGGAUCGCAGAGAGUGGCUCACCUAGGAGAACCGCCCCUUGGUUUUUACCUCAGUUGUCCCAUGUUCCCUGCCUAGCUGAAUUGAUCCUUGUGGGUUAAGCAUUACUCUUUUAUGUUCAUUCUCUUUGAGCUUGGAGGGAGGAGGGGUUUGGCUGCCUAAGAGCCACAAGGUUUUCUGGCCCUUAGUGUCAGAAUUUCCACCAGGUGGCGCCCUAAUUCAGAAGCCUGGCAAUAAACUUCUGUGAGCUUCUAUUUUAACUGGAACCAAAGAACCACACAGCAUCAGUCCCUAAGAUCUAAACAAUUUGGGUAAAGUAUUAAAUCAAGAAAAUUUUAACUCCUGAGUAGAAAUGUAGUAAAGUGUGUGAAAAUUCGUAGUAGACUCUUGUGCUGGAAUACUUGGUACAUCUCAGGCCUAUGACAUGAUAAUCUGAGUGCUUGUUACUUCUAUUGAAGGGGUUGGUGCUCCUUGUCAUAGAUAGAGAGUGGGCUAUCGAUCACAGAGAGAGAGAGCUGAUACUGUAAAUAACCCCUAUUUCACAUGCUUAUGAAAAAUCUGUGUGUUUUCUUGCAAGUUCCUAAACUUGAAGGAACAAAGAAAUGCACUUAAAAUCUCCUUCAAAUCUGUAGCUUUCAGCUAGAGUUUAGAUGGGAAAUGAUUGGUUGCUGUGUUUCAAAAUCCUAACAGAAUAGCUGUUCAGUGGUUCCAGAUGUUUUUGAUAAAAACUUGGAACUGUAGCAUCAGCAGUAAGAGCACAGACUACAGAUUCUGUCUUCCAUGGGGGAGUGCUGGGCACAUCCAAAGGGGAAAGCAAACAGACUUUCUGCCCCACCCACAGCAUUUUUGCCCCACCCAGAGCAUUUGUUCUCUGAGAAGAAACAGAUUAGCAAGGACAGUUUUAAAUUGUCCUUAAUAUGCUUGUAUGUGUAGAAAAGAGAAAAAUCUAGAUUUCUAGAACAACAAAAAAAAAACAGACAAAAAAGGCUAAUAUAUUUAUUUCAAACAGUCCUCUGGUGUCAUUCAGAAAAUUAUAAUGGUUUUGAAACAUUUCUCUGAUUAUGUAAAGUUUCCAAGGACAAAGUCCAUGGGUUUUAUUUCUUUGUUUGCCUCUUCUGCAGGGCAUAGAAUGUCUAUUGAAUGGAUAUGGAUCAUCUUUAGUUUGAUCGAGUUGGUACAGAAAGACUUUACAGUGACCAGAGCAUCUCUGGUUCUCUAGAGAGAUGCUUGGGAACUUGCAAGCAGGAAACAUUUGAUUCUAAUUAGAACAGAAGGGAGAGGCAGUGAGGAGCAAACCAUUUGAGAACAGAGGGGAGACAGCUUUGUGUUCAUUGGGAAGAGGGGAUUCUAAAUUAUAGCUUGGUGAAAGUUGAUCCAUAAAAUAUAAUAGGCAGCCAGAUUUUUUGUACACUUAAGCCUGCCCCUCCUGGACCUUUGGACCUAUGCCCUUAAACCACAUGAUAUCAAAGUUCUUGUAUGCUCCUGCACAGAGUCCCGUGCUUUUUUGGUUAGCUUAAGCAAGAAUUUUAUUUACAACUUCAUCUCUUCAAUUGUCUUGUGUCUACUGUGUCUAGCAUCCUCUGUACUGAAAAGCAUCAUGUGCUUACUGUCUACGGUGCCGGUGUGAGCGAGGCUUGCUCUCUAGAGCACCAGAAAGAGGACAUUGUCCACCUUCAUGCUUUUAAUGGACCUGUGGUGGGAUCAGGAUGAGGCUUGUGUUAGAGGGAGCUGAGACAGUGGUGUUUGGGUAGACAGAUGGGUAAGUGAAGAACUGGCCACCUUACCUGGGUUUGCUCCGUUGCUUUCUCCUAAGCAGACUAGCCUCCUUAAACACCUGGCCUGAGGAAAUGGUGACUCAUUAGACCUUCGUUACCCUUUCACAGCUUCAAAAAGAAAACACCUUUCACCAACUUUGCUUGCAUUAUUGAGAGAAACUGUAGUAUUUAGUCCCUUCACUUCCUUUCUGUUGUGGUGUUUAAGGUUGUACACUCACAUUCUCCAAAUCCGUGUAAGGGGCUGCACUCUGUCCCCUUAGAGAGAACGUAGGACUGCUUCUCCCGGAAAGCAUUAGAAUGCUGUUUCCCUUGUUUGGUGUUGCUUUUGGCACAGAGUCUCUUUAUAUAACCCUGUCUGUCAUGGAACUCAUGUCAUGGAUCAGGCUAUCCUCGAACUCACAGAGGUCUGCCUGCUCUGUCUCCAUAGUGCUGGGAUUAAAGGCAUGUCCGUACCUAGCCCACUGUGGGUUUAUUUUAGGGUUUUGUUUUAACCCCCUUUUCUAUUCUUUCACCUCUCUUUUCUGCUUUUUGCUUCCUUGAUUCCUCUUCCUCUUUACCCCUCCAAUGUUUAUUACAGUCCCCAGUGUCUAAAAAUGAACGACUGUGUCUGCUCCUGAGGCAUAGGAGACUGGCAACUGGAGAGGUCUGGAGAAGCAAGAAAACAGGCAAAUGAAGUCACAUAGUCCCAUGAUUGAGAGGUGUGACAGGCAAGGCGGUCUCAGCCACGUGACUCUUCUUAGUCCCAAGAGUCCUAAGAGACAUGCGUACAUUCAUCCUAUGCCAUCUCUUUAACUUUCUUUAGAACUUUCUCAGACCCCAGAUGAGACAAAACCUUAACUUGUGAUGACUUCUAACCCUUGCCAGACAUUUUUGUAGCUAAUUCUACAUCCUAGAGACAUAACUCUGAAAUAUUUGGCUAACAUUUUUCUGAUAUUAAAUCAUUCCUUUGCAUUCUGCAGGGAGAUGCUGUAUACGCCUUGGCUGGAUUCAGGGUCUCUGUGUCUUUCCUGAAUGCCAAGGCUGUAGUACAGACUAGUAGUGUUUAGUAUAACACCGCCUUUCUUUAUUAGCAUACUACUGGCAUCAAAGGGACUGAGGUCGUUCCUUGCGGUGUCUGACAGAGCCUUUUUCACUGGGGACUUGUAAGGAGGAGGAGGAGCAGGAGGAAGCCUGUUGGAAAAGGAAGCCUUGUUUUUUCUCUUAGUCUGUAGAUGAUUCAUGUUCCCACCACUGCAAUUAGGUUUCCAAACCUCCAAGGCUGCUGGUGCAGGUCUGAAAGGGCAAGUAAUGACGAUCUUGAGAGAGCAGGGUAAAGGGUGUGGAGGCUGCGGAGGGAGGGACUGGCUAGCUAGCGGCAGCCAGCUAGGGAGGGAGGGAGGGAGGACAUCUGGGGGAGUGGUCUAUUUUCCUUGUACUCGGCCGGCUGGCUGUCCUUAGAUAUUUUCAACUUAAGUCAAAAUCCAGCCCUGCUGCUGAAGAGCUGGAGACUGGCUAAAAAAGUGGAUACUCUAGAAAAUACCUCCAGAUUUUUUUUCUCCCCCCCCCCCCCCCCGCCUCCAUAUAGGUUUCUUGCCUUUGUUGUUUUAAGGAAUUCUCUCGUGCCAUCACUUUGAAAUAGCCACCUUCCUUUUAAAAAAAAAAAAAAAAACCUUUGUCUUCGUGGCUAAGUGCUUACUGGCUCUGGGUUUUCUGCAUACAUGUGCCAACCAUUAUGCUUAGCCAGUUCGUCCUUAAUUUUUCUACUGGAGUUCUCGGCAGUGAUGGAAAAGAUCUGUGCUUCUCUUUCAGUCAAGAUCUGCACAGCAGCGAUCUUACUGCAGACUGCUUUUAUUAUGAAUUAUAAACUCGUCUCCGUGCUCUGAAGUUGCCAGAAAGUUCCCACUUAGUUCACAGAUUUGGAGUCUGCUUUUUUUUUUUUUUUUUUUUUUUCCUUAACCCGAGAGUUUUCUAUAUAGAGGAAUCUGGAAGCAGAAGUCUCCUCCCGCCCACUGUGAGAAUUUGGAAUUUCGGACCUGUGUGAGCACAUUGGUCCCUGGAUUCAGCAGAUAUCCGUCUACAUUUUGUCUCUUCUUUUCUGCAUCUGUACAAAAUGUAUGAGCGGCACAAAAGGCGCUAUAGCCUGUGUGACAUCUCCAAGGUGGACAGGACUGUCGAUGUGGUGUUGCUGAAGAUCAACCGAGAAAGCUGGUGUGCCAUAGAGCCCUGCCCUGAAGCAGCAUCUCUCUUAGCUUCCAAACAGAGCUCAGAAUGCAGAAGCUUCAUAGAUGUUGGACUGGGCACGGAGUGUGCCUCAAAAGAAGGCAUGCUCCAGAGAGUGUCAGGGAGUGAGUCUGACCUCUUUCACUCACCCAGUGAUGAAAUGGACAGCAUCAUCUUCCCAAAGCCUGAAGAAGAGCAGUUACUUUGUGAUACAACAGGAUCCAGUUCUUCCACAGAUGACACAGCUUCCCUGGAUCGACAUUCUUCUCAUGGCAGUGACGUGUCCCUUCCUCAGACUUCAAAGUUAAACAGAUCCAGAAAUCAUCAAAGUGCCAAUGGCUUUUUCAGCCCUGGAGUCGAGGCACCUGAGAGUCGAGAGAGUGAGAGUGAGCCUGCUGGCUCUGGUGAAAUGGAAGAGGAGGAGAUGGACAGCAUCACUGAAGUGCCUGCCAACUGCUCUUUUCUGAGGAGCUCCAUGCGUUCUCUUUCUCCUUUCCGGAGGCACAGCUGGGGACCUGGGAAGAACGCAGCCAGUGAUGCAGAAAUGAACCAGCGGAGUUCAAUGCGAGCUCUUGGGCAUGUUGUCAGGAGACCUCCCAUUCAUAGGAGAAGUAUGAGCUGGUGUCCCUCUGGUGUGCAGUACUCGGCUGCCCUGAAUGCUGACUUUAAUAUCAGAAGUUUCAGUCUGGAAGGCUUGACAGGAGGAGGUGUUGGAAAUAAGCCAUCCUCGUCUCUAGAAAUGAGCUCUGCAAACUCCAGCGAGCUCAGAAACCCUUUCGGUGGUGAGGAACAGAGAAACUCUUUGAUGUCACUUUCAGAAGAACAUCUGGAGCCAGACCAGAGACAGCAUCAUAGGAUGUUUGAUCAGCAGACAUGUUACAGGUCUAAACAACAGGGAUUUAACUACUGUACAUCAGCCAUUUCUUCUCCAUUGACAAAAUCCAUCUCAUUAAUGACAAUCAGUCAUCCUGGAUUGGACAGUUCACGGCCCUUCCACAGUACCAGUGCCAACCUGACCGAGAGUAUAACAGAAGAAAACUGUAACUUCCUGCCUCCAAGUCCCUCAAAAAAGAAUUUUGAAGAAAAGAGUGGGACUAAGGUUAGUCGCACCUUCAGCUACAUCAGGAAUAAAAUGUCCAGCAGCAAGAAGAGCAAAGAAAAGGAAAAGGAGAAGGAUAAAAUUAAGGAGAAAGAGAAAGACUCUAAAGAGAAGGAAAAAGAUAAAAAGACUCUUAACGGGCACACAUUCAGCCCCAUUCCUAUUGUGGGUCCCAUCAGCUGCAGCCAGUGCAUGAAGCCUUUUACCAACAAGGACGCCUACACGUGUGCAGGCUGUGGUGCUUUUGUCCACAAAGGCUGCAGAGAAAAUCUAGCCUCCUGUGCAAAGGUCAAAAUGAAGCAGCCAAAAGGGAGCCUCCAGGCCCACGAUACAUCAUCGCUGCCCACAGUCAUCAUGAGAAACAAGUCUUCACAGCCCAAGGAGCGCCCUAGGUCUGCAGUCCUCUUGGCUGAUGAGGCCACUGCGGCACCAAUGUUUACUAACAGACGGUCCCAGCAGAGUGUCUCCCUCUCUAAAAGUGUCUCCAUACAAAACAUCACUGGAGUUGGCAAUGAUGAGAACAUGUCAAACACCUGGAAAUUUCUAUCUCAUUCAACAGACUCAUUGAAUAAAAUCUGCAAGGUCAAUGAGUCAACAGAAUCCCUUACUGAUGAGGGAGUAGGUACAGACAUGAAUGAAGGACAGCUGAUGGGAGAUUUUGAAAGCGACUCUAAACAGCUAGAAGCAGAGUCAUGGAGCCGGACAGUGGACAGCAAGUUCCUUAAACAGCAGAAGAAAGAUGUGGUCAAACGGCAGGAAGUGAUUUACGAGUUGAUGCAGACAGAGUUACAUCACAUCCGCACACUCAAGAUCAUGAGUGACGUGUACAGCCGGGGCAUGAUGACAGAUCUGCUCUUUGAGCAGCAGAUGGUGGAAAAGCUGUUCCCCUGCUUGGAUGAGCUGAUCAGUAUCCACAGCCAGUUCUUUCAGAGGAUCCUGGAGCGGAAGAAGGAGUCUCUUGUGGAUAAGAGUGAAAAGAACUUUCUCAUCAAGAGGAUAGGGGAUGUGCUUGUCAGUCAGUUCUCAGGUGAGAGUGCAGAGCGCUUAAAGAAGACAUACGGCAAGUUCUGUGGACAGCACAACCAGUCUGUCAACUACUUCAAAGACCUCUACACCAAGGAUAAGCGUUUCCAAGCCUUUGUGAAGAAGAAGAUGAGCAGUUCAGUAGUAAGAAGGCUGGGAAUUCCAGAGUGCAUUUUACUUGUAACUCAGAGGAUCACCAAGUACCCAGUUUUAUUCCAAAGGAUACUGCAAUGUACCAAAGACAAUGAAGUGGAGCAGGAAGACCUCACUCAGUCCUUGAGCCUGGUGAAGGAUGUGAUUGGAGCCGUGGACAGCAAAGUGGCAAGUUACGAGAAGAAAGUGCGUCUCGGUGAGAUUUACACAAAGACAGAUAGCAAGUCGAUCAUGAGAAUGAAGAGUGGGCAGAUGUUCGCCAAGGAGGACCUAAGACGGAAGAAGCUGGUGCGCGACGGGAGUGUGUUUCUGAAGAGCACAACAGGAAGGCUGAAAGAGGUUCAAGCAGUUCUACUCACUGACAUUUUAGUUUUCCUUCAAGAAAAAGACCAGAAAUACGUGUUUGCAUCCUUGGACCAUAAGUCAACAGUGAUCUCCUUAAAGAAGCUGAUUGUAAGAGAAGUGGCCCAUGAGGAGAAAGGCCUGUUCCUCAUCAGUAUGGGGGUGAAAGAUCCAGAGAUGGUGGAGGUCCAUGCAAGCUCCAGAGAGGAGCGGAAUAGCUGGAUUCAGAUCAUUCAGGACACAAUCAACUCCCUGAAUAGAGAUGAAGAUGAAGGGAUUCCCAGUGAGAAUGAAGAAGAAAAGAAAUUGUUGGAUACCAAAGCCCGGGAGUUAAAAGAACAGCUUCAGCAGAAGGACCAGCAGAUCCUCCUCUUGCUGGAAGAGAAGGAGAUGAUUUUCCGGGACAUGACUGAGUGCAGCACUCCCUUGCCAGAGGAUUGCUCCCCAACGCACAGCCCGAGAGUGCUCUUCCGCUCCAACACAGAGGAGGCUCUCAAAGGAGGACCGCUGAUGAAAAGUGCAAUAAAUGAAGUGGAAAUCCUUCAGAGUUUGGUGAGUGGAAGCCUCGGUGGCACACUUGGACAGUCCAUCAGCAGCCCUGUUGAACAGGAAGUCAUGGCUGCGCCCAUUUCUUUGCCCCGGAGAGCAGAGACCUUUGGAGGAUUUGACUGUCAUCAGAUGAAUGCUUCCAAAGGAGGUGAGAAAGAAGAGGGUGAUGACGGCCAAGAUCUCAGGAGAACAGAGUCAGACAGCGGCCUGAAAAAGGGUGGAAAUGGUAACCUGGUAUUUAUGCUUAAAAGAAACAGUGAGCAGGUUGUCCAGAGCAUUGUUCACCUCCACGAACUCCUCAGCAUGCUGCAGGGUGUCGUGCUACAACAAGACAGCUACAUUGAGGAUCAGAAGCUGGUGCUGACAGAGAAGGUCCUCACAAGGAGUGCAUCUCGCCCCAGCUCUCUCAUUGAGCAGGAGAAGCAGCGGAGCCUGGAGAAGCAGCGCCAGGACCUGGCCAACCUGCAGAAGCAGCAAGCACAGCACCUGGAGGAAAAGCGCCGCCGGGAGCGUGAGUGGGAGGCCCGGGAGCAGGAGCUCCGAGACCGAGAGGCCAAGCUGGCCGAGCGGGAAGAGACGGUCCGCCGCAGGCAGCAGGACCUGGAGAGGGACCGCGAAGAGCUCCAGCAGAAGAAGGGCACUUACCAGUGUGACCUAGAGAGGCUACGGGCUGCCCAGAAACAGCUGGAACGAGAACAGGAACAGCUGAGGAGGGACACAGAGCGGCUCAGCCAGAGGCAGAUGGAUCAGAACCUUUGCCAGGUUUCAAAUAAACAUGGCAGGCUGAUGCGGAUCCCAUCCUUCUUGCCCAAUUCGGAUGAGUUCUCCUCGCCGUCUGCACCUUCUGUAACCAAAUCAGGCUCAUUGGACUCAGAACUCUCAGUGUCUCCUAAAAGGAACAGCAUCUCUCGGACACAGAAAGAUAAGGGGCCUUUCCAUAUACUGGGCUCAGCCAGCCAGACAAAAGUUCCCGAGGGGCAGAGCCAGGCCCCGUCCAGCACCUCCACUUCCACCCGACUCUUUGGGUUAUCCAAGCCAAAGGAAAAGAAGGAGAAAAAGAAGAAGAGCAAAGGAAGCCGCACCCAGCCUGGUGACGGCCCUGCUUCGGAAGUACCAGCAGAGGGUGAAGAGAUCUUCUGUUGAACUAUUUCCUCUGCUGGCGCAGCCGCCUUCCAACCCUGGCCUGACGGUGGAGCCGUCCCUGUGCACAAGUCUCUUACACUGGACGCCCACUGCCCCUCAGCGUCCAGUCCUCCUGAGCUACCCCAGGUCCUGGACAAGAAGGAGCAGCCCCUGUGUGGGGGUGGGGACAGACACUCAGACUCCACUUCAGCUGUGACCUGUGACUGCCGGGGGCGUGGGUGGGCCUGGCCUUACUCAGGGUAUGACACUGAAAGUAGUGACCCUAGAAGGAAGUAAUGGUUUGAGACAUGUCAGGAUUCCCUAAAGGCCCAGAGGGUUUUUCCAAAUGAGGUCUGAAACUGCCUUGCAUUUUGGAGGAACACAAGCAGACUCAAGGAGCAGGUAGUGCAGACUUAAUACAGUGACCCUCUUCAUGUGCACAUGGAGUACACAGCUGUGUACACAGUUCUUCUCAAAUGUCAGGACAGCUUAGCCAAGAGCAAGCAUCUGACCGGCCAGGCGGCCUGUGGGUACUCAGUAUUUCACCCUGUGGUCCUCUGAAAUUGGGUACCGUGAAAUGGCCCUGUGCACACACCACCCCUCUUUGUACGUAUUCCUCAUUUCGUUUAGGAAGAACAACAGAUGUUUGUGAGACCAGCAAGAGGCCUCAUGUGUACCAAAAACCAUGGUCUGCACUGUCUGUAUCUCCUCACUCCAGGCUGACCUCUCUCACUUCUUAUUCAUAUCAGAAAGAAACAUACUGCCUGUCCUAGAUGCCUGUCUGCAUGCUCUGGGCACAGAGGAAGUAGAGAGGCCUCGUCACUGCUGUCCCCAGUGUGAUUCUUUCUAGUUGUUACUGGUCCCUGUGGGAAAGCAUGCACCCUGUCAGUGCCCCCAGCCACCUGCCUGGGACUAGCCUGUACCCUGAGGCUUCUCUGGAAUUACUGUCGAAAAGUAGGUUCCUGUGCAGGAGUUAGUCUGUCUGAUGGUUCUGCCAAUACAGAGAGGGGAGCUGGCCCGUAGGCGUGGCUGUGUGCAGGCCCCUCAGUCACACAUCCUCCUCACGUACGGUUUUCAGAUGCAGUUUGCUUGGUUGCGCUCUUGCCCUUGAAGCUGUCAAGUGCUGCCUGUCUCUCUCCUCGCCCUCCAGCUCCAUGCGUUGCUCUGUGCAUGCUUGAGGCCUUCCCCAGCUCGCGUGUGCAGGACAGUCCUUUGGUAAUGUACCCUCUGAGGUACAUACUCCCCAGGAGGGCCUCGCUGAGGCCUGUGCUUCACAGGUGGCCUUGAGUUCCUGGUUUUGCCCUCAGAAGCACAGGGCUGAGCAGUUGUGCAGAAACCGACCUGUAACUUGGUGCUUGUUGAUGACCUGCAGGCUGGUCUUGCAGGGACAGAUAGUUAUCUUUCAGUUUACUUGAAAGAGUUCUGGUUUAAAUUUUUUAGCCUAAAUUUGUUUUAUUUAUUUUGUGUUUGUGUUGUGUUUUAUUUUAUUUUGAAAGUGACCGAGGACUGGCCCCGCAGUGUAAACCCUGUUUUCAGUACAGAGUGAAGUGUCUGUGCAGGUGCAUGAGGCCCUGAGGAAAGCGGAGGUUGACAUGGGAGCUCCUCUUCCGUCCCAUGCCCAUUUUGUCAUGAGGAACCUUUGCUCUUUUUGGGAAAUUUUUAAAGUUGCCCCAUUGGCUACUUUUGCCUCUUUUUGACAAGAUUGGUUUGGAUCUUUAAAGUCUGGGGUUUUGUUUCAUUGGUUGGGUUGUUGGUUUUUUUUGUUUUGUUUUUUCCUACUAAAACUAUGAUGUACUUCCCUGAAGAACCGUAACAGCAAGAAGCUAGUUGCUCCCUUCUCCAAGUCCAGCUUUGACUUCUCCUGCUGUCACAGCAGAGCCUGCCAUGCCUCAAAUCCACCACAGGGUUUCGCUGGCUGUCCUCGCCCCUGCCUCUGCCUCUGGCCGCCCCCUCAGGGAGACUACUUCCACUGCGAAGCACUUCCACUUGAGGGGAGGAGCCUGACUCCCACCUAGACCUGACAGAAAAUCAGAGAGCCCUGCCCUCUUCCCUGUGCAGAGGAAGGCCAGUGACCGCCUCCAGGAUCACUCUGACACUGCAGUGAGCCACUGUCCACCCGGGGAAGCUUCAUUCCUCGCCCCCCACUCACCCUCCCCGUACCCUCUGACCCAACCAGCUGUGUUGUGUUUGGCUUGCUUUGGUUGUUUUUAAAAACCAAUCUCAAUUCUACCCACAUUCCCCAAAACAAGGGUCAUGACAGUUAGGAGAAGUUAGAAUCUAAAGCAGCCUCUGCAUGCCCUAAGCUGCCCAGCUUCUCCAGGAACGCUUUGACCUGCCUGCACCACGCCGCCCCUCCUGCCUGUCCCGCACGCACGCACGCACGCACGCACGCACGCACGCACGCCUGGGGAGUUGCUGCUUGCUUAGGACCCUGAAGAUUGCUGUGGCUGAGUCAGCAGCCUUCUGCGGAUUCUCUUCUGUGAGAAGGGUGGUUUGCCAGGGACCAGGCUUGUGUCCUGUCCUGCUCCCCAUACUGAGAAAUCAGGAUUUUCUAUCAAGCUAAAGAAAUCAGUGCUUUGGGGGACAGGUACAAAUUGACCCCAGCCGUGUGGAAUCUAGUGAACAACUUUCUGGAAGAUUGUAUCUUCUCUCAAAAAUUAUAAUCAUCUCGGUAGUUGUCGUCCCAUCUGGGUGACAUGUGCACUUUAAAUGACCUCUCAUGAGCUGGCUUCAUCUUGGAGACAAUCAAAUCUGUUAACUGUUUUCUUAGAAGAUGGAGAGGGUUAAAAUAAAGACAUGCCAGCAUGCCCCCACCUCCCCACUCUCACGGAAGUCACCUGCAGGGAAGAAGCCCUCACCACGAUUGAUUUUUUUUUUUUUUUUCUGUUUCAAAAGGUACGAACUGAGUCUUCUGAGGGUCACGCUAGCGCCGCCCAUUGCUAGCCCCGCCCACUGCCACACUGGUUCUUCCCAGCCUCCCUCAUAGCAACAGCAAGCACAGAUGUGAUGAACCAUUCAGGGUAACAUCAGUACACACAGGCUUAGUAAAGGACACAACCUGGGCCCGUAGGCCAGAGCUUGCCUACAGUCCUCUCCAUGCAAGUUUGUAAUGUCUCCUCCUAUCCCCGAGGCUCUUGUCACCUCACCCACUGUUCUUGCCAAGGCUCUUAAGUUGCCUUUGAUACGUACCCAGAAGACAGUCACGGAGUGUGGGCGUCCUUGUCUGGAUACCUGUGUAUGGGUGCCUGUAAGAGAAGCAGCGACACACACACACACACACACACACACCCCUGCAGAGACCAGCUCCUUGUUUUCUUUCUUGUAGCAUAACAUUCCUAGUUAAGUUUGCUGCCUGCUGGCCAGGUGGAGAAAUGCAAAGUAUUCUAAUGCUGCCAUAAGCGGGGAGGGGUGGCAGAAGCCUUUUCCUGCACUCACAAGACUUACUUUGUCAAAUGAUCAACAGGUCCUGAGUUACUUCUCCAUCUCAACUAAGGUGUAAAGUGGGUUUGCCCCACUACUGCAAGUGUGCCCUGCGGAGAAACCAGGCAGGCGCUACUGCCUCAGACCCCAGAGGGCCUCUGCAGCAAGCACAGAACCUAUGCCUUAGAACCCUGCUAGCCUCAGCUGCCCUGCCUUGGUUGACACCUGCUGGGAUUGGCUUGUCUCAGGUUUCUUCCUGAGGCCUGGGCUCUACAGAAGGUGGGCAGGAUACACCUAUCUAUACCUCUGUUCUUGUUAAGUCGUCUCCAAAUGCUGUAUGAACAUUUCUGUACUAAGCCCUAUUAAAUAAAAAGUCGGGUUAAACCCAA